GCCCUUUCGCUGUAUUUUAUCCAGAAAUUUGAUAGAGAUUAAUAACAUAAAGCUGUCAUAAAGCUCACAUCGAAGCUCCGAAAACCGACAAGAGGAUUUGAUGUGACGCUUAAAUGUUAAAAGAGCAAGCGAUGUCGGUGGUGUUUGACGGGAGUCCGCUGAAGGCGAUGCAGAGCUCACACACUCACGCACCGCAGACUGCUGCCCUGAGUGGCCAGGAGCUUUCCCAGGAGAUCAAGUCCUUCAUCAGUGGCGUUGACACAGUUCAGGGCCGGAAGCUCAGUGUGAGGGAACACGCCCGCUGUGCUGUGCGUCUGCUGCGCUCGGUCCCGGCCUGCAGGGGUGCAGUGCUGGAGCAUCUGCGAGGCGUCUAUGAUGAGCACGUCUCUGCCUUCCUGCACAACCUGGAGACAGAGGGUGAUGCCAACUCUGGGGUCAGCUCCAACCUGGAGGAUAUCAUACAGGAGGUUCAUGGCGUGCUGUCAGAGUUCAUCCGUCUCAACCCAAGGGCCUGGGCCCCCCUGGUGUCUGCCUGGGCUGUGGACUUACUGGGCCAGCUGAGCAGCAAGCACGCCGGCCGCAGGGUGGCCCCCCACUCCUCCAGCCUCAACGAGCUGCUCCAGCUCUGGAUGUCCUGCGCUGCCACCCGCUCCCUCAUGGAGGCCUACUCUCAGUGUUUGGCUGCCAUGCUGGCCUGGUGCCCUGAUGCCUGUGUGGAUGCGUUGUUGGAUACCUCAGUUCAACAUUCCCCGCAUUUUGACUGGGUGGUGGCUCACAUCGGCUCAGCCUUCCCAGGGACUAUCAUCAGCAGAGUCCUAGCCUGUGGGCUCAAGGACUUCUGCUCCCACGGUGCCAAGGACCAAGGGCUAGUGGUGAUGGGAGUUGAAAAAGGCAGCAGAGUACCAAAGAUUGGCUCAGUGGUAGGAAUCCUUGGACACCUUGCAGCACACCACUCUGACAGCAUCCGGAAGGAGCUGCUCAGGAUGUUCCAAGAGAGCCUCAUCCCAUCCAGCCCUCUAUCUCCUACUUCAUCCUCAACCUCCUGGGAGAGUUCCCCUCAACUCCGUCGAGCUGCUGUACCAUUUUUGCUCCAGCUGGCUGCAAUGUCCCCCAACCUCUUUGGUGCUGUCUCCGCAGAGCUGGUAGAGCUGCUGCGCCCACCUGUCCUGCUCCAGCUGCAGGCUUUGCUUCAGGGGCUUCCCAGAGAAGAACUGGAUAACAUGCUGGGACUGGCUGUCCACCUUAUUAGCCAGAACCCAUCGGGAGGGGCCCGGGUCCUCCGCUUUCUGGCAGACACAGCAACUCCAGCCUCAGUCAUUAUCUCUGGCCCUACACCCUCCCCUCAUGAAGGUGUCAGAGAGGGCUGCGACCGCCUUCUCCAGAUGCUGCUUCUGCAUCUCCAUAAACUGGUUUACAACCGCUCGGAUGGAGUUGAAGGAAAUCCUCAUCACUCUGCUUCCUCUCAGCCCAAGACAGUCAUCCCCUUCCUGGAGGAGCUGCAGACACACGUAGCUGAGCUGUGUGCUGAGACAUUGAGACUGGAGAGAAAACGUCACCUCUGGCUGCAUCAGUUGCUCUGCCUGCUGUCGGUGUACGGGGGCCCCAGUGUGGCGACCGAAGCCCUUUGUCAGCUUCUCACCCAGGCCCGCAACCCAGAGGAGUUGGCUCUGGCCUGGCAGCUCCACACUACACUCUCCUCCUGCAUGGCGGGACUAAUUCCUGCCGCUGUAGCCCGCUGUGUGGCGCAGAUCCACACACAUACGCUGGGACCCCGGCAGCUGAGGCAGCUGCUACUUAACCUGGCUGCAGCCAUCCAGAGUCAAGAUGAGGAGAGAAGAGGGGCGCUGAGCACUCAGUCCACCAUGGCUGUUCAGAUGGGCUCCGCAGUCUCAGGACACCUCCAUGAUUUUGGCCCACUCCUUCUCCACGGUGAUCCAGUCGUAUCACAUGCAGCAGUGCGUCUCCUGUCGGUCAGCCCACUCCCUCGCACCUCUUCCUCAGCACACCUGCUGCUGCUCGCCCGUGCUGCUGUCACUCAUUUCUUUCUGGCUCUGCGGAGGAGAGGAGAAAUGGGGAAGGUGGGGAGAGAUGGAGGACAGGCAGCCGAGGCGGUGAACUGUUCAGUCCUGCUCCUUUCCCGAUUUGCUGCAUACUCUUCUCUCACUCUCAAAGCAGUACUUCAGCAGCUGGUUGAGGGAUCGCUGCAUAAAGGCAAUGCUGACCUGUUUGGAGGGCAGACCGCAGACAUGUCGGGUUCUCCCGCAGUCGCUCCAUCUGUGUCCCCUGACCUCGGAGCCUCACUGAUCGAUAUCAACUGUUGCUUUGGUACAACUGUCAACUUUUCUGGCAGUGUGUGGUCUGUGUUUCAUGCUGGGGUGAUUGGCAAGGGGCUGAAAGUCCGCACUGACACACCUCUACCUGACCCAUCUGGGGUCAUCCAGAAUACCCAGACUCUACUGGCUGUCGUAGUCCAGUGUUGCAGCUCCUCUGGUCUCAACGGCUCCAUCAAUGGCUCACGACCAUCAUCGGACCCUGAUGAACCACCGCCCAUCAACGCUGAGGCAGCCAAAGUCAUUGCUGUCACACUGGUGGAAAAUGUGUGUCCGGACGUGGCCAACGGGGAGCUGUCCUGGCCCCCUGAAGAACAUGCCCGUACCACUGUGGAGCGAGACAUCCACAUUCGCCGGUACUUUGAGGCCCAUCCUGUUCUCUUCGCUCUGCUUCAAGUGGUGGCCGCUGGACGCCCAGCUCUCUGCUACUGCUCAGCUGUGCUCAGGGGCCUCUUGGCCACUCUGCUCGCCCACUGGGAGGCGUCACGUGAGGGUUUGUCCACAGACUCCCAGUGGCACCUCCAGGCCUCCUGCCUCCUGGUGUCCUGCAUGGGAGAGGGCCAGCUCCUGCCUCCUGUGCUGGCCAAUGUCCACGAAGCCUUCCCCCACCUCGCACCCUUUGAAGUGAGGCUGCUGCUCCUGGCUGUGUGGGAGUAUGUGAGGGGUAACGGGCCAAUGCCCCAGAAAUUUGUCUUCAGCUCCGAGAAGGGCCUUUUCUGCAGGGAUUUCUCACGAGAUGGUGACGUGGCGAGAUACGUGGCGCCGAUUCACAGUGUCCUGCAUAAAAACAUUGACAGAUUGGGCCACCUCUGCUGGCGCUUUCAGCUCUGACAUGUAGAGGGAAGAAAACUGUAAAGAGCAGGUGACAGGAAUAGAGAAAGUGAAAGAGGUGGAAGACUGUGUUACAUGGUUCUAAGACGUUGCUAUCACUGUACUUUUCAUUCAGUUUCAUACAUCUGUGUGUGUGUGUGUGUGUGCGUAUAACUUUUGUACCAUAUUUUUAGACUUGAUACUUUUCUAACUAGUUGCUUCUGAGAGAAAGACAAGUGGCAUAAAGAAUGACACACAUACAAAAUACAGCCUUAAUAUCUCAUUUUGAUUAGAAAACUCAAUUCUCUCCUUUAUAAAUUAUUGGUAUAAUUUUCAGAUUGAUCUCAUAUAGAACAUGUUCUGACUGCAAACAUGCCUCGCAUUUCUUGUUAUAUGCACAAAAUGUUGUUUCAACCACUUUACAAAAUAAAAUUUCAUUUGGUCCUCGA